AACGUAGUAGAAAAUAAAUUAAACUCAUACAUCCUUCUUCCAUCUAAAUUAUUCCGGGGGCAAUAACUUUAUCGGGUUUAGACAAUUCGUCCAACUUUACAAACCGUCACAAUCCAAUAAUUUCUUAUGUCUCCACGUGUUCCUAUGAAAUGUAUGUGAAACCGAAGUGCGUAGUAAUCCUAGUUACUCGUUACUUUGCUCAAACCCUACUUUCUCCUGCCUGCUUUCACCACGGAUAGGAUGGUAAGAACUUGUCCUAUAUACGUCCCUACUAUAUGUACAUACACAUCCAGCCAUGGCCUAGAAUACGUGUCGACGAUCAUCCAGGGCGAAGCAGCAGGUGUUGUUGUAGUCUCUACGAAGUAAGUACGUGACAUGGUUAAAAAUUGAACCAAUUUGUUGCACUUAUAAUCAUGCUGCCAAACUUGUUCAUCGUUUUGAUUACUUUUCAACUUAACCAUGUCCGACUCCUGCAAGGCUUCAGCAACGAGACGGGGCCCAAUUGCAAUCGCCCACUGGACGAUUUAUGCGACACAUUGAGUCAAGCCGAGGCGUGUCACACAAUUCCGUACUGCAUACAUUGUAAAUGGAAUACUGCCAUCAUUCCGAGAGAGGAUGCUGACAAGUGUCAAAUGUGUAAGGAUGAGGUCGUUGAAGGAAAUAAGAAUCAGGUUGCCAUGCUACCAAUACUGGAACAUGCUUGUAAACUGCAUGGAAAUGAGGAGGAUACUGAAAAAUGUACAGAACUACUGAAAGAACUAGAACCUAGUAUGAUAGAUGACAUCGUCUCUCACAACAUGUCCACCCACGAUACUUGUGCUCUCCUCGCCUUGUGUCGCGCCCUGUUUGAGGUCACCGUCACAAACGCAGAGUUAAUACAAGACGAGGAUGAGACGAAGGUGAGCAAUCUCGUCUCAGAAAAUGGAAAAGAACACCCCGUCGCCAUGGCGAAAGGAAUUGGUGCCGGGAGAGGGGGCGGAUUCGGAGGGAAAAGUUCCUUCGGUCGAGGAGGCGGUAUCGGCAGUGCGGGUCGCGGUGGGUACUCAUCUUUUGGAAAAAUGUCCGUCCCCGCAGGACGAGCGACCGGAUCGGUGAACAGGGUGGGCUAUGGGUCCCACUACAAUCGUGGUGGGGGGAGUUUCAUACCCAUCUUUUUGCUAAUGGGGGCAGGCAGAGGCUAUGGCAGGGGGAGGCAUACUUGCACCCUGCAGAGGGACAAUGGGGAACAUGAUAACAGUUCAGAUUGGGCUGGGGCCAUUCUCCUGAUUGGAUUGGGGAUCAUGUUGAUAUUAAUUUUCAGGUGUGUCCUCAAGCGCCAGAGGACAACGGGUGGAAUUUUGUAAUUGUGUUUUUUAGGUAUCCUACUUGCGUAAUUAAUCAAUUAAUAUGUAUCAGGGUGUUACAAAUUAUUUAGAAUUUGAAUAUUAUUUAUUGGUGAGGAAUGGACCAAAUUACAUAAGGAUUAUGCCAGUUAUAUGAUUAUUUAAAUUGAUUAUUUAAUACUUGCUGUGACAAUGAGUAGUAUAAUGUUUAUUUAUUGCACGGAUAAAAUUUAAAAUAUAUAUAUGUAUUUGUCUGUUUGCUAAAUAUGUUACUUCGGCAUACAGUGAGUUAAGUAAAUAAAAUGCUACGGAUAUUUCACGUUUA